AUGCCUCAGAUCACCACCCUUCUCUUCGACUGCGACAACACCCUCGUUCUCUCCGAGGAGCUCGCUUUCGCUGCCUGCGCCGAGAUUAUCAAUGGCAUCUGCAAGGGCCAGCAGGUUGACAAGACCUUCACUGGCGAGUCUUUGAUCUCGGAGUUCGUUGGCCAGAACUUCCGCGGCAUGCUUGGCUCCCUCCAGCAGCGCUACGGAAUCAAGCUCACCCCCGAGGAGCUUGAGCACUACGUUACCGCUGAGGAGGAUGCCGUCAUUGCCAAGAUCAAGGCUGAGGGUCGCCCCUGCGUUGGUGUCAUGGACCAGCUCGACAAGCUCCAGGCUGAGGGCAAGUACAAGCUUGCCGUCGUCUCGUCCUCUGCCAAGCGCCGAGUUCUCGCCUCCAUCGAGAAGGUCGACCAGUCCAAGUACUUCCCCGAGGACGACGUCUUCUCUGCCGCCACCUCUCUCCCUACCCCCACCUCCAAGCCUGACCCCGCCAUCUACAUUCACUCCAUGAAGGUUCUUGGCAAGAAGGCCGAGGAGUGCGUUGCUAUUGAGGACUCCAAGAGCGGUACCUCUUCUGGUUUCCGCGCCGGCAUCAAGGUCCUCGGCUACACCGGCCCCUACCCCGCUGACAAGAAGGCCGAGAUGACCCAGGUCCUCAAGGACGCUGGUGCCGUCCUUGUCAUGGAUGACUGGAGCGAGUUCCCCGCCGCUCUUGCCAAGAUCGAGGCCAUGUAA